GAACACGGCCUUCCUCCUUUUGGUAUAUAUCGCAAGAGGCUUCCUGCUGGACGCAGCGUCCAAGAGGUUGGCAGAGGGGAGGUUUGGAGAGAGUUCCAGGUAAGUUCCAGGAUGAAGCCUUCUGCUCCACCUCUUCUGAUCGCCUGCCUUGUGAUGUCCCUCAACAGCUACACCCAACAGGUCCCUCACUGCCUGCCCCUUUUCGGCUCAAAAAAUAAUACCACGAGUUUUAUCUGCAACGCUUCAUCGCUCCGCGAAUUUCCCACCGGCUUCCCCACCGAAACCACGACGAUCUCCGUUCAGUCCACCCAGAUCUCCAGCCUUGGUGCGGAGGCCCUGAAGGAUCUUCCGGAGCUGCAGGGACUUUAUCUGACCAACAACCAGCUGAAGACCCUUCCGAGAGGCCUCUUCCGUAACCUCCCAAACCUGCACUCCCUGGAUCUCUCCGGAAAUCUCCUGGAAGAUCUAGCUCCAAAGAUCUUCGCAGACAUAGGUAGCCUGGCCUACUUAGCCCUCAGUGGAAACCAGCUGGCUGAAGUGCAUCCAUCCUGGUUCGAAGCCCUGGAGGAACUCAAGAACCUGCGUCUCGACCGCAAUCGGCUGAAGGAGAUCCCGACUUCUUGUUUCCGUAAGCUGACCUUGCUGUUGUCCCUGGAUCUGUCCUCCAACCUCCUCCGUUGCCUCUCUCCGGAGAUGUUCAGGGGCCUCACGUUUUUAACGGUUUUAAAUCUGAAUAACAACCCCAUUCAGUCUAUCGCCCCCAAUACCUUCCGUGGGACUCCCACGCUGUGGAUCCUCUCCCUGAGUAACACCAGCCUGACCCACGUUCCAGCUGGGCUCUUUCAGACCUUGAAACAACUGGGACGCUUGGAUCUCUCCGCCAACGAGAUCACCACUCUGGAUUUUCCCUUGGUCAACGUGUCUUUCGCGCUCACUCUCGAUCUCUCCGGGAACCCGUGGGCGUGUGAUUGCCGCCUGCAGCCUCUCUUCAACUGGGUCCAGAAAGACGGCGUGGAUUUGUUCUCCAAGGACGACGUUGUCUGCGCUUUCCCCAAAAGCUUGAAGGGUCAAGUUGCAACUUCGCUCAACGGAUCUAAACUUUGUGCCUGCUAAAACCUUAGAGACGGAUCUUUUCCCAACAUGGCUCAGUUGGUGUGCUGCAAGAUGGGUGGACUUCAGUUCCCAGAAUGCUCCAGCCACCAUGCAUGGACUUCCUCUCCCAGAAUUCCCAAGUCAACAUAUUUUCAAAUGAUUGGACUUCAAUUCCCAGAAUGCUCCAGCCACCAUGCAUGGACUUCCACUCCCAGAAUUCCCAAGUCAACAUAUUUUCAAAUGAUUGGACUUCAAUUCCCAGAAUGCUCCAGCCACCAUGCAUGGACUUCCACUCCCAGAAUUCCCAAGUCAACAUAUUUUCAAAUGAUUGGACUUCGGUUCCCAGAAUGCUCCAGCCACCAUGCAUGGACUUCCACUCCCAGAAUUCCCAAGUCAACAUAUUUUCAAAUGACUGGACUUCGGUUCCCAGAAUGCUCCAGCCACCAUGCAUGGACUUCAACCCCCAGAAUUCCCAAUGAGCAUGCUGUCAGAUGUGUUAAAAAGAAAGAAAGAGGGGAAAUUGGUGUAGAAAGCCAGACAAUAAAGGACAGAAAACAAAAUAAUUAAACAUGAAUCAGAAAAAUUAAGCGGUUUGAUUUAUUCAACAUAAACCAACCGUUUUUCCUCUCUGCCAUUUUCAGCAUUACAAACUUCCCUUCCUCCCCUUAUCCAGUCUUUUUUGAAUCCAAAAAUCACUCCUUCAUUUUCUUCCACUUUUCAUGGAAAACUCUGUAAAGCAGG